UUUUGUCUACAGGACAUGAGGAGUAUUUUUGGGGUGUUGGUUUGUCUGUCUUUCGGCCAGUGUGCUUUACUUCCUGACUACCGCACUACAGAGUUUGGGUUACAGCCUACUGACAACAUUUCGAUUGCGUCACCAUUCCCUCCGGGAGCAGCAGAGCCUGACUUAUCCUAUUGUCAGAUGCUUCUGGAAGCUCCGGUUCCGCCCACAGCGGACCAGGUACCCUGGUACUGCAUCUGUUCUGCUUGCUCCGGAAACAGAGGCCAGAAAGGAGACCGAGGCGACCGCGGACUGCAAGGAGUUCCUGGUAGUCCAGGUCCAAGAGGCCUCACUGGGCUUCCCGGCCGUCCAGGAUUCACAGGACGCCCUGGCAUAAAGGGUGAGAAAGGUGAAAUGGGAGAUAAAGGUGACAUUGGUCCCGCUGGAUUUUCAGGACCGAAGGGAGACAGGGGGUUCAAAGGUGAGAAGGGUGACCGUGGUCUGGAUGGUCCUGCGGGAGAUCAGGGUCCAAAGGGAGAAGAUGGUCAGUGCCCAGAAACCUGUGAGCCCGUACCAGGGGCGGAUGGUGCACCGGGUCUUCCCGGCCCUGUAGGUGCACGUGGGUUACCUGGGCUGUCUGGAGACCCUGGUCCCAAAGGACUGAAGGGCGAUCCAGGUGUUGCGGGCGUGCCUGGCGUUCCAGGUGUACCAGGGCAGAAGGGUGACCAAGGUCCACAGGGCCUGUGCAAUUGUCACGAUGGGGCUCCAGGAGCCCAGGGUCAAAAGGGUGAUAAGGGUGAUAAGGGAGAAAUGGGUUUGAUAGGGCCACAGGGUCCGAACGGAACCACAGGACCUAAAGGUAAUCAGGGAGAAAUGGGAAUGGUGGGUAUGCCUGGACCUUGCUCACCUGCCGUGCAAUCUGCUUUCUCCGCCGCUAUGCUCACCUCCUUUCCUCUACCGAACCGACCAGUGCCUUUCAAACGUGUCAUCUACAACUUAAACCAGCACUACAACCUUGAAAACGGCGUCUACACGGCCCCUGUUAACGGAACCUACGUGUUUAGCUACCAUCUGCAAGUGUCCACCCGUAUGCUGAGGGUCGGACUCUUCCACAACUUUGAGGCCGUGGUGAGGACAACUACGCCAGUGGAAAUGAACACCGCCUCUCAGCAGGUGGUGCUGAGUCUGAGUCAGGGUGACUGGGUGUGGGUGCAGGUGAAAGACACCACCACUAACGGCAUUUAUACCGGUUCCGAAGCCAGCAGCACAUUCAGCGGGUUUCUUUUGUACCCAGACAAAUGUGAUGACAUGUUUGGAAGAGAUUUAAGCCCAAUCGAGUUCCCCGAAAGAGAGAUUGAAUGGGAAGCUCCAUAAAGACCCACAUCUGUACCUUACACUCUUAACCUACACCUUUAACUCUUAACCAACCCCCACAUUCUAAACCAGCACCCAAAUGUUUAUCUACAGCCUAGACCAGGGGUAGCCAACCUUGCUCUUGGAGGGCUACCAUUCUGCAGAGUUUAGCUCCAACCCGAAUUAAACGUACCUGAACCAGCUAAUCGAGGUGCUCAGGAUUACUUGAAAGUAACAUGCAGGUGUUUUGCAGCAGGGUUGGAAUUGAAGUCUGCAGGAAGGUAGCGCUCCAGGAGCAGGGUUGGCCUCCCAUGCCCUAGACUUACAUCCUAAACUCUUAACUUACACCCUGAAAACUGUAACCUGAACUCUUAACCAACACCCAAAAUUCUAAACCAGAAUAAUGUAUCUACUCCCUAGACCUGCACCCUAAUCAACCUAUCCCCAACAUUCUUAACGUUCACCAAAACUAGACCUACACCCAACAAUUAAUCCUAAACUUUGAUCUACUCCUUAGACCUGCGCCCUGAUCUAUUAACUCACAGCCAGAAUUCUAAACUUCUAACUACAAUCCUAAACCUACAUCCAACAAUCUAAGUCUAAACUUUUAUGUACUCCUUAGACCUACACCCAACAUUCUAAACUUUCACUCAAACUUUUAACUACACCCUAGAUCUACACUCCAGGGCAAAAAUGGACCAAGCCCAAAAUGGUUAAACACAAAUUUUUGAUCAGGAAAUUAGCCAAAUUUAAGCAAAUGCACUACUUAAAAAGCCAUUGCCAUCAUCAAAGACAAAGUUAAGCUUUUGGCAGAAUAUGGGAAAUUGUGUGUGGAGUCACGAAACACGAGUUGCAUGGUGAUGCUCCAGAGCACUGUCUUCGAAAAUCUGCUGAGAAAUAUAAUAAUAAAUGCAUCUCUACCACAGUGAAGCAUGGAGAAAGAGAAGCCAUUUCAGCUGUUGGCAUUGGUGAGCUACUUCACUGUGAAAAGUCAUUUAUUGCUUUGGAGUACAGGAAAUUAUUGCAGAAUGGCUUGCUUCCCACAUAUAAAAAGUUAUCUAAAGAGGAAUGAUCAGAUGUUAUUUUUCAACAGGGUAAUUCUCUUGCCCAAACUGCAAAGACAACCAACAAGUGGCUUGAGAACAAGUCAAUCAGCCUCAUGUUUUGGCCUGUUCAGAGUCCAGAUAUGAACCCUAUAGUGAAUAUUUGGUCUCAAAUUAAACUCAAACGAACCUAGAGACAUUUUUCAACUACUCAUGAACUGUUUGAAGCCAUUAACAUUGAGUGAAACAACACUGACUGCUCCUCCUGUCAAAAGCAGUCUCCAAGUUGGGGAAGGUCAUUCCGUGUUGCUUUAUCUAGAGUAUUUGUGCAAUUCUUGCUAAUUUCCAGUGAUUUGUGAUUAAAAAAGACCAUUAAAAGACCACUAAAUAUUUUGCCAUUUUGGCUUGCCCCAUUUUUUUUUUUUUUUUUUUUUUUUGUACUCCCAACAUUCUAAACCCAAACAUUUACCUACUCCCUAAACCUACACCCAACAUUCUAAACCCAAACUUUUAUCUACUCCCUAAACCUACACCCAACAUUCUAAACCCAAACAUUUAACUAUUCCCUAAACCUACACCCAACAUUCUAAACCCAAACAUUUAACUAUUCCCUAAACCUACACCCAACAUUCUAAAUCCAAACUUUUAUCUACUCCCUAAACCUACACCCAACAUUCUAAACCCAAACAUUUAUCUACUCCCUAAACCUACACCCAACAUUCUAAACCCAAACAUUUACCUACUCCCUAAACCUACACCCAACAUUCUAAACCCAAACAUUUAACUACUUCCUAAACCUACACCCAACAUUCUAAACCCAAACAUUUAUCUACUCCCUAAACCUACACCCAACAUUCUAAACCCAAACUUUUAUCUACUCCCUAGAGCAGGGGUAUCCAAUCCUGCUCCUGGAGGGCCACUGUCCUGCAAGUUUAACUCCAACCCCGGUUAAACACACCUGGACCAGCUAAUCAAGGUCUUACUAGGCAUACUAGAAACUUCCACACAGGUGUGUUGAGGAAAGUUGGAGCUAAACUUUGCAGUACAGUGGCCCUCCAGGACCAAGUUUGGACACCCCUGCCCUAGACCUCCACCCAAAACUCUAAACUUUCACCCAAACUUUUAACUCCACCCUAAACCUGCAACCUACGUUCUAGACCCACACCCUAAUCCAAAUGAUUUUGUCCUCUCACAAGCCUCUAAAAUGAUCCACUUUUCCACCUAAACCCCUAGCAUUUCUAAAAUCCUCCACAUUACACAGAUUCUAUUUUAAGACCACUUUAUGUAGUUUGUAUGUAGAAGUGAACCUUCGGCUGAACGAAGAGCCUUCUCUUUCACAUAUUUGGAAUGAAUUAGUACAGGUGGGUGUGAUCGGUGUUUAUUUACAGUGUAUGUCUUGUAACUUGAUUAACUGUAUUGUGCCUCCAUCAAUAGCUGUAUUGUACCUCCCACGUAGAUCAGUCGUGAGGUUGCUCCCUUGACAGACAUGUUUCAGCCGGAUGUUUGUAAAGAAUGUAAGAUGAGCAGGAAUCAGCUGUUAUAUCAUCCUCCCAGCUAUUCAGUGGAAACACACUGAGGAUAAGAGCAAAAAUGAGAACAGGAAAGAAUGUUUGCACGUCUCAGGAUAGGUGACCGGAGAGAAGAGGUACAAGUCAGAGAGGUGUUGUCUUACACAAUAGAAGUGUUAAACCCCUGUUAGAGAGAGAAAGGGAGUUCUUUUUACGUAGGAUUAUUCCGAUGAUGGGGAACCUCUUACGGUGUUAACUUCACACAUUGGGCCUGGGGGAGAGAGGGCCCACCCAUAAAAUUGUUGUCCAAGGCGCUGUGAAUUUUAGCAACAACCUGCAACAAUAUGACACAACACAACAUGACAAGAAAUAAAAACAAUGAUGUUCAUGCUCAUGUUCUGUGUAUUGAUUACCCUUAUAUU